CCGCAGGCGGGGCGCGCCUCCCCUGCGGGGGGCUGCGGCCCCGCCCCGCGCAGGGGGCGUGCGCGCGUCAAUGUAGCGGCGCGCCGGUUGGGUGGUGCCAGAACUCAGCGCGCGGCGGCUCCGCCGCUGGGCGGCGCUCGCGGGGGCGCCAUGGGCCCGGAGGCCGGGCGCACGGCCGGCGGCGGCGCCGCACCCCUGGUGCGGCUGGCGCUGGGCGGUGCCCUGCUGGCGGCGGCGGCGGAGGGGGGCGGACCCCUGGAGCUCAUGUCGGCGUACACCGUCGUGCACUUCAAGCGCCGCCACCGCCAGGCCCCCGCCGACAAGGGGGGCGGUGUCUCCGGCAGGGUGGACGAGAUGGUGCGGGAAAUGUGCAGGACGCGCCCCGACCACCCGCAGUGCGUGGCCUACGCCCGCGCGGAGGC